UCAGAAAAACAGGAUCCCCUUCUCAAGUGGUUGAUGAGACAGGAGCUUUGUGACACAUAUAGAACAAUAAAUCCAGAAUCCAAAGAAUUCUCUUGGUCAAGUAGAGACUCGAGUUCAAGAAUUGACCAAAUAUGGAUAACAGAAGAUUUGUCAUAUGGACUUUAUGAUGCAGAGAUACAAGAAAUGGAUAUAUGCACAAACAGCGAUCAUAAUGUAGUACUAGCAAAGCUAGAUUUAAAACACUUAAUAGCUACAUGGAGUUCAGCAGAUCUUAAAAGAUUGGGCCAACAAAGAACAAUCUACCUAUAUGACAAAGCAACAAAAGAGGACUGGGAAAAUUACAAAGCAGAGCUCGACCAACAACUUAAAAAAAAAAUUAAUAUACAAGAUCUAAAAAAUGUAUCAUAUAAUUUAAAUAAUGCAAGUGUGCCAACAAAUACAAAAAAUAGAUUAGAUAACUGGUGGAAUAUUAUCUGUAAUGGCAUACAAUCAGCUGCAAGAAAGUCACUUCCUAAAAAGAAAAUACUUAACACAGUAGCAAAUAAGAAAAAGCAAACAAAAAAAACUAAGCUUACCAAAGUAUUAACACAGUUAGGAAGAUGGAUUAGAAUCG